UAACUCUGGGAGGAGCAGAACUGCUGGUACAUAAAACGGGCCUGCCGGUCCUUCUGACCAGACGAGUGAAACCAACCAAGAAUCAGGCAAAAUGGUCAAAUGGUCUGACUUCGAGCGCGCCACCAUCGCGGACAUCUUCUCCAAGAUUGACACUGGGGCCGUGGGCUGUGCAGCUCUCUCCAGGUGUCUGACUGUCUACCCCUGGACUCAGAGAUAUUUUAGUAAAUUUGGAAACCUCUCCAGUCCUGAUGCGAUAGCGUCAAAUCCCAAAGUGGCAGCUCAUGGAAAAGUUGUCAUGGGUGGUUUCGAAAAAGCUGCGAAGAACCUGGAUGACAUCAAGAACUCAUUCAGAGACCUGAGUGUGCUGCACUCCGAGAAGCUGCAAGUAGACCCUGAUAACUUCAAGCUCCUUGCCGACUGCGUAACCAUUGUGGUCGCUGGUCAGCUGGGUAAGGCCUUCACUUCUGAGGUCCAUGCAGCAUUUGAGAAGUUCCUGGCUGUGGUGGUGUCCUCCCUGAGAAAGCAGUACUACUAGAGAGCUCUCUGCAGUGGACACUCACAAUGCUCUGCUUUAAAAAAAAAAAAAAAAAAAGG